AGGAGUGAAAUGGGAAUGAGAAAAUUGGGAUUGCUUCUCGUGCUUCUCUUCUUCCUUCAGCCGUCUUCAAAUCCUUUGCAAAAUCCUCUCAAAAACCCUUUGGUUUCAGCCUAUGAUGAAAAACACAAUGUUAGCAAUGGAGGGACAUGGAAGAAUCAUGAAUUGACCAAAAUAUCAUUUGGACAAGAGGUAAUGGUUGAUCGACGUGGCGGUGGCGGUCAUGGUGGGACUGAAAAUAGUGGAGGCGGUACCCUAAACAAUCAACCAACUGACAAUAAGAGCAAACCCCACCAUAAUGGUCGCAAUGGUUGCAGUAGCAAUCAUAUUGGACUGGCUCGCUUGGUUUUUCUGCUCUUGACCUCAUCUUUUCUUAUCUUUAUUUUUCAUGGGUUUUAGGCAUGUAUAAUGCUGAAGUAUUUAUACAAUGCGUGCGGUUUCUACGAUUCCCAGUUUUAGAAAGUGAUGAAUCAAGAUGAGGCAUGGGAUAUAAAUGGAAAAAAAAUGUAAAUUAGUUUAUAUCAACCAUAUGUUAUGUAUAAAUGAAAAGCGGAGCUUUCUCA